AUUGAUAUAUUACUACAUUUUGAACUAUAUUGCUACUUAGUAGCUAUAGAACCUUUUUGGACUUCAUUUGCUCUUUAGAACUGGCCUAGUAUAAAUUGUUUAACUGUCAGAAACUUCUGAUUUUUUGUGACCUUAAUUGCACACCCUUAUGUACUUUUCACUUCUCUUUUGUUGUAUGCUUUAGUUUAUAGUGAAUCUUAUGAUAUUUGAUUCUUCCUGAUUUUUUGAUAAUCUGUCGCACAAGUUCUUACAGGCAAAAUGAAUGGUCAAACAUCAUCAAAUAAGAAAUCAAAAAAAUCAAGCAACACAACACCUUCAACACGAAGGACAUGGAUUCCAGAAGAAGAACAAACUUUUUUAGACGGGCAUAAAGAGUUGUAUGCUAAUGAUUCCAGAUGUGAUAAUGGAACCUUUAGACCAGGGCACUUGAUGGAGUUAGAGCGUUAUAUACACAAAUAUCAUCCUAGAAGUGAAUUGAAAGGUGAACCACAAAUCAAAAAUAAAAUGAGAUAUUGGAAAAGAUGCUAUGUAAGUAUAGCUUUGUUGAAGACUCGAAGUGGUUUGGGAUUUCAAUAUAGUGAUGGAACUAUAGUAGUUGACGAUCCAAAACAUUGGAUUGACUUUAUAAAGAUUGAUCCACAAACCAAGAAAAUGAAUACUAAGAAAUGGCCACUGUUUGAGGAUUGGGAAGAAAUCUUUGGUAAGGAUAGAGCAACAUGAGAGUUUGUUGAAGGGCCGCUAGAUACUACUGAAGAAAUUCAAAAGAGUCAAGCUCCACAACAUUCUAAUGACAUGAGUUUGGGAAGAAGAAGAAGAAGAAGAAGAAGCCACUGGACAAGGUGGAUUUGUUACAGCUGAAGAUUUCACCGAACCUAGUUCAUUUACUAGAGCUGAAAAUGUCACUGGACCUAGCGUAUUUAAUGAAGGAGAAAAAUGUUACUGGUUCUGAAAAUGAACAUGCUGGAUCCCGAAAAAGUCAUAAACAAGGUGAGUAUGCUAAAAGAUCAUCUUCUAAUGUUAAUGAGAAAGAGAAAAGCAAGAAAAGGAAAAAAAUAGUAGAGGAUGAUAGUGAGACAUUUCUUAAGGGUAAGAUGGGGGAUCGUGAUCGAUCUGAUGUUCGUGGUCAAGUUUAUUCUAUCCUUGAAUCCCCUGCAUUUGAGUUGUACACCACAGAGCAACGUAUAAAAGCUGCAAUGAUUCUCUGUAAAGACGACAAAAAGAUGAAAUUAUUUUUACGUAUGGGUGAACAUAAUCGUCAGACAAUGAUGUGGAUGGUUGUCCAUGAUAAACUUUGAAGUACGGUGAACUUGUGAUAUAAGUGGCUACACUAGUUUAGUAA